ACCAUGGAGGUGGACGCCCCGCUGGCCGGCAGGAUUGGGGCACUGUCGCUCGCUGCCAUCCCCGUAGCCUACCUGCUCAGCUGCGUCUCCGAGAUCUCACACCCCGCAUGGGUGGCACUGAUGAGCGCCUUGGUCCUGGGGCUGCUCUUCCUGGCCAUCUACAACCUGGCCGGUGGGGAGGUGGCCCGGGACCCCCUCUACGCCGUGUGUGCCCUGUUGGCCUUCACCUCGGUGGUGGACCUGGUCAUCGCGCUGCAGGAGGACGGCUACGUGGUGGGCUUCCUGGAGUUCUACACCAAGGAGGCCGAACCCUACCUGCGCACGGCCCACGGGAUCUUCAUCUGCUACUGGGAUGGCACUGUCCACUACCUGCUCUACCUUGCUAUGGCCGGGGCCAUCCGCAGGAGGAAAGAGUUCCGGAACCUGGGGCUGUAUUGGCUCGGAUCCUUCACCAUGAGCCUUCUGGUGUUCAUCCCGGGCAACAUCCUUGGUAAAUACAGCUCGGAGAUCAGACCGGCCUUCCUCCUGGCCUUCCUCUACAUGCUCAUCCCGUGCUGGGCCGGCAUGAGGAUCUUCAGCCAGCCCCGGGCACCAACCAGCUGUACCCCUAAUAUGGUGCAGGAAUGGCAGGCCAAGCGCCUCCUGCAGCGCCCCGCAGACCUGGCUCUCCUCCUGUACCUUGUCCUGGCUGCGGUCUUCACCCUCUUCCGGGGCCUGGUGGCGCUAGACUGCAGCACGGACGCUUGCUUUGUCUACAUCUACCAGUAUGAGCCGUACCUGCGGGACCCCGUGGUCUACCCAAAGGUGCAGAUGCUGGUGUACCUGUUCUAUUUCCUGCCCUUCUGCGGCCUGGCGGCCUACGCCCUGGUCGUCCCGGGCUGCGCCUGGCUGCCCGACUGGGCCUUGGUGUUUGCUGGAGCCGUUGGCCAGCAUAAGGAAAGGCCCUGGGGUCAGUGGUUUAGCGGGGCUGUGGCAGAAAGGCAGAGGCGAGAGCAGCUGGCGGCUGAUGCUUGA